AUGCACUUUGCUAUUUGGAAUAUUAGGGGUUUUAACAAAUCCCCUAAGCACUUAAUUGUAAAGCAAUUCAUUCAAGAGUAUAAGCUGCCUUUCAUAGCCCUAUUGGAAACUAAGCUUUCUGCAGGAAAUAUGGAUAAAAUAGCUCAAAAAAUUGCAAAAAAUUGGGAAUGGAUCUCUAAUAACCAAGAAGCAGGAAAUGGGAGGAUUUGGCUUCUAUGGAAUUGUGAUAUUCUUUCCAUUCAGUGUGUUAAAACCUCAAUGCAAUAUGUGACAUGCUCAGUCAACACAAAAGAUGGUAGGUUUUCUUGUCUAAUGACUGUGGUUUAUGCUUUGAAUCAAAGAGAGGGAAGGAAAGUAUUAUGGCAGGAACUUCAAGCUUUCAGAACAACAGUUGAUUGUCCCUGGCUAGUUGGGGGAGAUUUUAAUGCCAUCACUAAUGGAGAUGAAAGAUUGGGAGGUGCACCUGUUACAGGAGCUGACACUGAAGAUUUCCAGCAAUUUAUUUCCUCUAGCAAACUGGUGCAUAUUAAGACUACUGGAUGUUUUUAUACAUGGAACAACAAGCAAGAUGCUGAAAGUAGAAUUUGGAGCAGAUUAGAUAGAGUUUUGAUCAAUGAGUUGUGGAUCAUGCAAUAUACAUCAAGUCAAGUAGAUUUUUUACAGCCAGUCUGUUCUGAUCAUUCCCCAGCUCUUCUUACAGUUGGAGAGGAUGAUUUUCAGGGCAAGAAACCAUUCAAAUUCUAUAAAAUGUGGACUAAGCACACUGAAUAUCUCCCUUUAAUCAGAUCUAUAUGGCAGCAGGAUGUGCAAGGUUACUAUAUGUACAAAUUGUCCUGCAAGAUGAAAAUGCUCAAACCUGUUCUCAAAGAUUUGAAUAGAAGACAUUUCAUGAAUAUUAGUGAGCAGGUAUUAAGAGCCAAACAGGAGCUAAUUGAUAUUCAAAACAAGAUCAGCACAGAUCUUUUCAACUCUCACCUUAUUUCCAAAGAAAAAGAUUGCUUAAAGAAAUAUACUAAUCUCCUUCAAUGUGAAGAAUCCUUUUAUAGGCAGAAAGCAAGCAUUAAAUGGGCUAUUCAAGGAGACAAAUCCUCUCACUUCUUCCAUUCACAAGCAUUAAAUGGGCUAUUCAAGGAGACAAAUCCUCUCACUUCUUCCAUUCAGCCAUGA